CGCGCUCUGAAACUCCAGCGCUGCACUGGAAAACCCAGGCCCUGAAAAUAAUAAAAUAGUUUUACAAAAUAUCUCAGAGAAAAGGAACAAGAACCGAAUACCGAAAGUUUUAAAGGGCUGUAAUCAUGCAGAACUGCCACUCACAUUCAAUCGCUUUUCUGGCUGGUGUGGCUGGAUGAGACCUGGAGAAGAACCACACAACUUACCCAAGAAUUACCCUCUGGAGAGACACACACACACACACAUACAACUCACACAAGCUCAGGUACGCUCAUACACAUCCAGUCCGAGCUUUAACGGCUGAGUGUUUGACUCCUCUCCUUUCAUCGCCCAGGCCCUAUUGGGUUGCUAUGGCAGCUGCUGCUGCAGAACCACCCCAUCUGAUAGAAGCUUGCACUGGAAAGGGAGACAGGCGGACAGACCCUCGCCUGGAGAGAAUACGAAACACUCCACUAACAGCAUUCAGCAGCACUCAACACCCCACUCUCCAUUAAGGGUGCAGCCAAGGUUGUCAAGUUUGAAGGUCCUCUCUUAAAAUAUCCCAUGAGUCUGCUCAGGCUUAUGGCCCGUUGUCCUCUGCAGAAGACCCAGUGCCGUUCCCUCUGCUAGAAGAUGUUCCAACAGAAGGAGCACCUGAAAAGCCACCUGCAGGCCCAUGACGCCAACAGGCAGGUGUUCCAAUGCCAGGAGUGUGGCAAACAGUACAGCACUCAGCUGGGCUACCGGCGCCACCUUCUGGCCACCCACACCCCCAGCUCCCUCUCUGGGGAGCUCCAUUUCCAGGAGGGGGAGCCCACCCUGCUGGAGCAGCUAGGGAGCCACACCGACAGGCCUCAGCCACUGGAGGGUGCCACCGACGCCAUCAGGGAGAGGAAGUAUUCGUGCGAGCGUUGCGACCGACGCUUCUACACCCGCAAGGAUGUGCGGCGCCACGCUGUGGUUCACACGGGCCGCCGGGACUUCCUGUGCCCGCGCUGUGCCCAGCGCUUUGGCCGCAGGGACCAUCUGACACGCCACCUGAAGAAGAGCCACGUCCAGGAGGCCACACCCACCACCCCCACAGCCACACCUGCCCCCACCACACCUGGCCCCGUAAAGGAGGAGCAGAGUCCGCUGUCAUGUGGCAUGGGGCCCCCCUCAAAGGAGCCCAUAGAGACCUUCCCCAUGGACAUGUACAGCAGCUACCCCCUGCAGACCAUGUCCAAUCCAGGCAUGGGCCACCACCACCACUCCCUCAUGCAGGUUUCCCUGUCCACGGCCAUGGGGAUGGGCCGCCACAUGCCGGACCCCGCUCCCCAUCCCCAUUCCCACCACCACCUCCCCCAGCAACAGCAGCCUUAUGGCCACAUGCCCAGGUACCAGCAUGGAUCUACCUCAUACCCCCACCCUGACACGGAGAGCUUUCUCAUGGACCUGCAGAGUGGGCUGCCCCCACACCUGACCGCAGCCUCCUCCUCUACCUCCUCCUCCCCUCAGAGGGAGGUGCUCUCAGAAGCCCAGGGUGGGCCAGGGGCCGGGGACCCCCACAUUCUGUCCAGGAGCCCCGCUCUCUCCUCGGCCGAGCUGUCAUGCGCUGCUAACAUGGACCUGGGUCCUCUCCUGAGCUUCCUGCCGUUCGGCCUGCCUCCUUACAGUGCUCAUAUGAGUAUGGGAGGUCUGGUGAUUGGCUAUCCCUCUAGCUCCACCUCCACUGUGCCGCCCUCCUCCAGUCCCCUGCCUUCUCAGGCCCCAGGAGGCCUUACCUUCCUGCAGCCUCCACAACUGCACGCACCCCAGGGCCCCGGAACCCACAACAACAACCAGCUACCUCAGGGGUUCAGCAACCCUGGAAUGAGCACUUCCACCUCCCUACCUCGCUACUACCAGGCCUUUCAACAGUGAGCAGCCUGAUACCAUGUGACCCACGUGACCUAACACCAGGCCAAGGGACACUUCAAAUAGUCAUGAAUAAAGCCUCCGAUACAAUAUGAGUGUUUAGAACAGGUAUGGGCAAGUGAAAUUUUGUUGUCUCCCUCUUGACAGCGGAGAGGGGGGGGGGGGGGAUGAUGUUUUAAAGUUAACACAUUUUGCAAUGGGGCAGAGUGAAGAUUUAGCAAUUUUAUAACAAAUUUCAUGCAAUUCUACAAAUUUGUGCAUUGAUGCAUUGGUGCAUUGAUCCGCAGGUCAGUUGCCCAUCCCUGGUCUAAAAUGACCAGAAUACACAAGUGAUACAUACACUAUAUAUACAAAAGUAUGUGGACACCCUUCAAAUCAGUGUAUUGGGCUAUUUCCGCCACACCUGUUGCAGGCAGGUUUAUAGAAUCGAGCACACAGCCAUACAAUCUCCAUAGACAAACAUUGGCAGUAGAAUGGCCUUACUGAAGAGCUCAGUGACUUUCAAUGUGGCACUGUCAUAGGAUU